CACUGGCCGAAAAUGCAGUUCGUUUCUGAUUGCAGCAUGACUUGGCCACUCUAAUCCUUUUCCCCACCAACUUCAACGAAGGAAGUCACGUGCUGUUCUUGAACUUUCGCUACUAAUUUCUUACUGGAAUGAAAUCACAGACUCAGAAAAAGAAUGCCCCCAAGGCCAAAUCGAAGGCUCCAGAGCCGGCGAAGAAAGCCCCAGCCAAGGUGGCUCCUGUAGAAACCGCCACUGCAGCCGCGGCUCCGCCUUUGUCCACGAAAAAGGUGGCCAAAGCUCCGGCUGUGGCUCUGAAGAAUCUCGGGUUGGCCAUGAAGGAAACGGCUAAGAAGGCCAGCGAAACCGCUGACCAGAAGCCAAAGAAAGCGCAGACUGCUCCUCGCAAGAACCUGAGCCAAGUGCCGGAGCCAGUUGCUCCGGCGGUGGACACCAAAAAGAGAGCGGCGCCUCCUGCACGUGGCAACGCGGGCAAAGCCACGGGUGCUGCCGCCAAGAGGGCAUCCCCGGUCCAGGAAGUGCCCAAGGAGCCACCUUCCACGGCACCCAAAGCAGACAAAAACGAAGUUCCAGCCACCAAAGUGGCCACGGCCACUAAAAGUGUCGGAAAGAGCAUUGCUGCUCCGGCAAAGCAGAAACCGAAGCCAAAAACCAAGAAUGUGCUGCGUGGAAAAAGGUUGCCCAAGAAGAAGAUUUGGCAGCGCUUUGUGAUCGACUGCGCCUGCGUGGCCGAGGACUUGAUAUUGGAUGUCUCCGACUUCGAGAAGUACCUGAAGACGCACAUCAAGAUCAAGAACAAGGUCAACCAGCUGAAGGACCAGGUCACCUUCGAGCGGGCCAAGAACUCCGCGCUGAUCAUCCACUCCGGCGUGCACUUCUCCAAGCGCUACUUCAAGUACCUGGCCAAGCGCUAUCUGAAGAAGCACAGCCUGCGCGACUGGGUGCGGGUGGUGUCCACGGCCAAGGACACCUUCGCCAUGCGCUACUUCAAGAUCCAGGGCAAGGACGAUGACGACGACGUCGAGGACAACGAGGGGGAAACCUGUGCCUAAGCCAAAGAUCACAUUUUGCUGUUCAAUGUGUAAACUUCUAAAAUUUGUCAGUAUACUACUUGAAGUUUCACUAGUUCUGCAUGCUUUUCAUGCAACUUUCGCAAAUGUAUCUUGAACACACGAUAUUCAACCAUGAAAUAUCAAUAAAAACUAAAGACCCCAGCCGAA